CUUCUUUCUUUCAGAUAGAUUCACUUCUGUCUCCCCUUCACAGCCAAGAUGUUCGCUGCUCGCCAGUCUUUCAACCUCCUCCAGAAGCGUGGCUUCUCCGCUUCUGCCAGCCAGGCCUCCAAGGUUGCCGUCCUCGGUGCCGCUGGUGGCAUUGGCCAGCCCCUGUCCCUGCUCAUGAAGCUCAACCCCCUUGUUUCUGAGCUCGCUCUUUACGAUAUCCGCGGUGGACCUGGUGUCGCUGCCGAUCUGAGCCACAUCAACACCAACAGCACCGUCACUGGCUACGACCCUACCCCCUCUGGCCUCCGCGAUGCUCUUAAGGGCUCUGAGAUCAUCCUCAUCCCUGCCGGUGUUCCCCGCAAGCCCGGCAUGACCCGUGAUGACCUCUUCAACACCAACGCCUCCAUCGUCCGCGACCUCGCCAAGGCCGCUGCUGAGGCUUCCCCCGAGGCUAACAUCCUCGUCAUCUCCAACCCCGUCAACUCCACCGUCCCCAUCGUCUCCGAGGUCUUCAAGGCCCGUGGCGUCUACAACCCCAAGCGCCUCUUCGGUGUCACCACCCUUGACGUCGUCCGUGCCUCCCGCUUCAUCUCCCAGGUCCAGGGCACCAACCCCGCCAACGAGGCCGUCACCGUCAUUGGUGGCCACUCCGGUGUGACCAUCGUUCCCCUCCUCUCCCAGUCCAACCACCCCAGCAUCGAGGGUACUACCCGUGACGAGCUGGUCAACCGCAUCCAGUUCGGUGGUGACGAGGUCGUCAAGGCCAAGGACGGUGCCGGUUCCGCCACCCUCUCCAUGGCCAUGGCUGGUGCUCGCUUCGCCGAGUCCCUCCUCAAGGCCGCUAAGGGCGAGAAGGGCAUCGUUGAGCCCACUUUCGUCGACAGCCCUCUCUUCAAGGACCAGGGUGUUGACUUCUUCGCCUCCAAGGUCGAGCUCGGCCCCAACGGUGUUGAGAAGAUCCACGAGGUCGGUGCCGUCAACGAGUACGAGCAGAAGCUCAUCGAGACCGCUCUCGGUGACCUCAAGAAGAACAUCCAGAAGGGUAUUGACUUCGUCAAGGCCAACCCUUAAAUGGAUUGCUUCCAACCCUCUGCAGCCGCCUUCCUCCAUGUAUAACAGUCUUGUGUAAUUUGCCAUACCCCUAUGCACUUUCCCAUCUCGCAUUGGCUUUUAUCUCGGAGGAAUGCAGCUGUGG